GUAAACCACGACCGCAGCGUAACUACUACCGAACGGAGCGACGUAAAAAACAUUAGGGCGAUGGCGCAGGCAGGCUUUGGGAGAAAAUACUUCAAAGCGUUUGUUAGCGGCUUCUUUGUAGCCGUCCCCGUGACGGUGACUGUUUUAGAUCGUCUCGCCUAUGUGGCUCGCGUGGAUGGUGCCUCCAUGCAGCCUUCUUUGAAUCCUGAAGGUGGGUUGUCGCCUGACGUUGUGCUCCUCGACCGUUGGAGUGUAAGGAACUAUCAGGUGCAAAGAGGAGACAUUGUGUCUGUUCUGAGUCCAAAAAACCCUCAGCAGAAGAUCAUCAAAAGAGUCAUAGGGAUUGAAGGUGACUUCAUCAAGACCCUGGGAUAUAAAAACCGUUAUGUAAGAGUUCCAGAUGGACAUCUAUGGAUUGAGGGAGAUCAUCAUGGCCACAGUUUUGACAGCAACACCUUUGGACCGGUUUCGCUUGGUCUUGUUCACGGCCGGGCUUCUCACAUCAUUUGGCCACCCAACCGAUGGCAAAGAAUAGAACCGUCUCUACCCCUUGACCGGAGACCACUGUUAAACUGGGAUGGAGAGGAUUGCGGUAAUGACUGAAAUUGACAAUUAUAGAUCCAUGGCAAACUUUGAGUACAUAGAAUAUUGUAAUGGACAAUUUGCUGAUAUUUUUUUUAUUGUACUUUAGGUUAUUUUAUAUAGUUAAUUAUUUUCAUUUGUACAUACUUCUACUUCUUGUGCUUUAUGGUCAAAUGCCACACAGAUACAAAAGUGGUAUGUACAGUAUUGUACAUGUUAUUGAUUUACAGUAGAUAUAAACAAUGUACUAUAAUGUUUGUUUUAAUAAAAGACGCUGUCAUAUA